AUGGCGCCGAAGAAAGUGACAAAGAAGGGAGCAGAGGGGAAGAAGAAGCGCGUGAAGAAGGAUCCCAACGCUCCCAAGAAACCUCUUUCGUCUUAUAUGUUCUUCGCGAAGGACAAGCGAGCGGAAAUCCUUAAAAAACAACCUAGUCUCAAGUCCGACAUUGGCAAGGUGGGGAAAAUGAUCGGUGAGGAAUGGGCAAAGCUCAGCUCGUCGCAGAAGCUGACGUAUCAAAAGAAAGCUGAGCAGGAGAAGAUUAGAUACCAGCGUGAAAUGUCUCUCUACAACAAGAAGAAAUGA